UACACAGAGGAACAGACAGACUAUGGGGUGUCACUAGUCACAUAGCUAGCUGAUGACAGAGCUCAAGUGUAGCCAGUGUAGUCAGGCUGCAGAGGACUGACUGUCCUCACCCUUGCCCUAGCCUGCCCUUGGGGGCUGGGACAGCAAAACCCAUGAAGGCCAAGGUGUGGAGACCUGCUCUUCAAUGCAUGUGGGAACAGCUAAAGGUGUGCCUGAGAGUUCACUGGUCUUGGGACCAUAGGUCCUGUCGAAUGAGCUGGAGGUCAGGAGCCGACCGACGACGUUAUCACUCAGGCCUCCCACCGAAGACAGAAGUCCCUCUCACAUCCUCUGUGCUCCAGCUCUCCCCUCCCUCCUAAUGCUGGAGGGGUGUCAUCUCACUCCCAAGAUAACAGGGCCACCUCAGCCCCCCUCCUGUGGCUAUUCUGGGCUGUUCUCUGAUCCUCCUCAUCCCCUGGCCCCUACUUCACCCUUCAGUGGGAGUAAGGUGGGUGGGGAAAAGUCAGCCCACUUACAUAAGCCUGUGGCUGCGGACCCCAGGGAGACCAGCCUGGACAGCAGGUGCUCGGCCCCUCCCUCAGCGGCAACAAAGAAAAUCUUCAGCUGGAGCCCAGCAUGGAGACAGCCACCACACCAGAGACAGCCUCGUGCUCCCAGCGGCAGGUAGAAGCAGCUGCUGACCCAGCGGAUGCCGCAGGACCCCGCGCUUCACGUCAACGGGAGGCAGACAGUCCCUCUCAGCAGCUCCUGCCCUCUAUUGAAGAGCACCCCAAGAUCUGGCUACCUCGGGCCCUGAGACAGACUUACAUCCGGAAGGUUGGGGACACAGUGAAUCUACUAAUCCCAUUCCAGGGCAAACCCAAACCUCAGACCACCUGGACUCACAAUGGCUCUGCCCUGGACAACAGCCGUGUGAGUGUGCGGAACGGGGAGCAGGACUCCAUCCUUUUCAUCAGAGAAGCCCAGCGUGCUGAUUCAGGAUGCUACCAACUCUGUGUGCGGCUUGGUGGACUGCAGGCCACUGCCACCAUCAAUAUCCUGGUGAUCGAGAAGCCAGGUCCUCCUCAGAGCAUUAAGUUGGUGGAUGUUUGGGGCUCCAACGCUACUCUGGAAUGGACACCUCCACAAGAUACGGGCAAUACGGCACUCCUGGGAUACACGGUGCAGAAGGCUGACAGAAAGUCUGGGCUGUGGUUCACGGUCCUGGAGCGUUAUCACCGUACCAGCUGCAUUGUCUCCGACCUCAUCGUUGGCAACUCCUAUGCCUUCCGUGUCUUUGCCGAGAACCAGUGUGGGCUCAGUGAAACAGCUCCAGUCACAGCUGACCUCGCCCACAUCCAGAAGGCAGCUACUGUUUACAAGACCAAGGGGUUUGCCCAGCGGGAUCUCUCAGAAGCCCCCAAGUUCACCCAGCCUCUGGCAGACUGCACUACCAUCACUGGCUACGACACCCAGCUCUUCUGCUGUGUGCGCGCCUCCCCCCGGCCCAAGAUCAUCUGGCUAAAGAACAAGAUGGAUCUCCAAGGCAACCCCAAGUACAGAGCCCUCAGUCACCUGGGGAUCUGCUCCCUGGAGAUCCGCAAGCCUAGUCCCUUUGAUGGAGGCAUCUAUACCUGCAAGGCCAUCAAUGCCCUGGGGGAGGCAUCCGUGGACUGUCGGGUGGACGUUAAAGGUAAAGAUGGAGAAUUAGUGCCAAUGUCCCCUCCUCCCACCAUCCAAGAAUGACACAAGCUGAGAUGGAAAAGGUCCCUGCUUUGUAUGCGUUGCCUGUUGCAGUGACCAAAUACCCAACAAGAAGCAACUUGCCGAAAGACCGAUUUGGCUCAUGGCUUGAGGGCACAGUCUGUCAGGGCAGGGAAGACCACAACAGGGCAGGGGUGGAUCUCGGUAGCAGCAGGAGGAACAUGAGACUGCUUCCUCACAUCUGGACUCAUCAGGAGGCAGAGAGAGAUGAACGCUGAUGUCCAUCCGUGUUUUCCUUUUGCCUUUUUGUUCAGGCUCCCAACCUGUGUGAUGAUGUCACUCAUGAUUGGGGCAGGUCUUCCCUCUUUAGUUAAAACUCUCUAGGAACACCCUCACAGACGUGCCUAGAGAUGAUCUCCGAGGUAACUAAAUCCAGUCAAGAGAGCAUGACCAUUAACCAUCACAACUGACUGGGGCCUCCGUGUGGCUGUCACCAUUAAGGAUGCACUAGAAGCCCAUCACCCAAGAACACCCAACAUUUCAUCUCUGUCCAUCGCAACUCAAUAGUGUAGGAAGAAUCACUAUUUCCUUUUUUUUUUUUUUUAAGGACAAAUGUGAAGCAUCAGAGGUUAACUAUUUUGCCAGUGGCAGUUAGCACUCUAGAAGCAGGAGCCCAAGGCCCCUCGCUCAGAUCCCUGUUCUUUAAGCCCUGUGAUCUUUUGUCCCAGCCCAUGACGCUGCAGAGGCUUUUGUUUUUUUUUUU